UCCUUCCACUGGGGGCAAUGUGGUGCCGAUGUCAACCAUUAAACCCGCAGUAUGCAGCUGGGCAGUCUGAAAUGUGAACGGCGCAGUGGAACCAACGAACCAUAAUGGCGACUGCUGGUGGAACAGCAGACCCGGGAUCAACAGUUCCGACAGGGACAAGUGUCAUCUUCAAAGGAGGCCCUUCGGAGAUGCCCGGCUCCUCAGGCACCGCUCAGAGUAUGAAAAAGACCAUCGGCCACCGGGGCGUUGAGACCACCACCGGAGAGACUACCUACAAAAAGACAACUUCCUCUGCCCUCAAAGGUGCCAUUCAGUUGGGCAUUACUCACACGGUCGGCAGCUUGAGUCAGAAAGCCGAGAGGGAUGUACUCAUGCAAGAUUUUGUGGUCGUUGAAAGCAUCUUUUUCCCCAGUGAAGGCAGUAACCUGACUCCAGCUCAUCACUACAGCGAUUUCCGUUUUAAGACCUACGCUCCCAUUGCCUUCCGUUAUUUCAGAGAGCUGUUUGGCAUUCGGCCCGAUGACUACCUGUAUUCUCUGUGUAAUGAGCCACUGAUUGAGCUGUCCAACCCCGGAGCCAGUGGAUCGCUCUUCUAUGUCUCCAGCGAUGACGAGUUUAUCAUUAAAACUGUUCAGCACAAAGAGGCAGAGUUUCUCCAGAAGCUACUUCCUGGAUACUUCAUGAACAUAAACCAAAACAAGCGCACACUGCUGCCCAAGUUCUACGGACUGUACUGCGUCCAAGCAGGGGGCAAGAAUAUUCGCAUAGUUGUUAUGAACAAUCUCCUACCCCGGAUAAUCCCCAUGCACCUCAAAUACGACAUGAAAGGAUCCACUUACAAGAGACGGGCGUCGCCGAAGGAGAGAGAGAAAGCUGUUCCCACGUACAAAGACCUCGACUUUAUCCAGGAUUUGCCUGAUGGCCUGCAGCUGGAAGCAGACAAUUACAACGCUCUUAGCAAGACAAUACAGAGGGACUGCCUGCUCUUGCAGAGUUUCAAGAUCAUGGAUUACAGUCUCUUGAUGGGCAUUCACAACAUGGAUCAGGCCAAUCGGGAGCGAGCUGGGGGUUAUUCGGGGGACAGUGGUGGGUCGGAUGGAGCGGUGACCCCGGAUCAGCGGCGGCCUCAAGCCCAGAAAAGUCUGUACUGUACAGCCAUGGAGUCCAUCCAGGGUGAGGCUCGUGGAAAGGGCGCGUUGGAUUCUGAAGACCACAUGGGAGGCAUUCCAGCUCGUAAUGGAAAAGGAGAGCGGUUACUCAUCUACAUUGGCAUCAUAGACAUCCUGCAGUCCUACAGAUUUGUUAAAAGGUUGGAACACUCCUGGAAGGCAUUGGUGCAUGAUGGGGACACGGUUUCAGUUCACAGACCUGGCUUCUACGCAGACCGCUUCCAGCAGUUCAUGUGCAAUACAGUGUUCAAGAAAAUUCCAUUAAGGCCUUCCCCAUCUAAGAAGAGCCGUGGUGGAGGUCAAGGAGGUCUUAGGAGGGCUCCCACUUUGGGAGCUCCAACCCCACUCUCUCACACAACGGGGCAUUCAGCCAUGGACCCCAGACUGGUUUACCGCGCACAUUUUAAAAGCACAGAGUCAGAAGCAGAUAGUGUUCAGCUAGGCAGACCGGAUUUGGUUCCCAGGACCCCACCGCUGCAUGACAACCCUGCUGAGUGCGAGGCCAACCUCUCCACCUCGUCAGUAGGCAGCUUAGAACUUGCUUCCUCUCCUCCUCUAAGGUCUGUUGGGGUGGAGGUGCAUAAAUCAGCUCACACAGACUAUGAACAAGGUGCUUUUCACAGCUUUGAGAUUGAGGGCAGUGCAGACAAUUCAGGCCACCUGUCCGGAAGUGAAGACGUAGUUUCAUUGUCGGACAUCAUCCCAGAGACCAACAUCAAUUUUUAAACAUUUGGACAAAGUGCCCCAAGAGGAGAUGCGCCUGGAAGAUGCGAACUGGGCAGAGUGAAGGAGAAAGACCGCAAAAGCAGGCCAUCCAAGUCAGAAUCCCGUCGGCACCCGUUUCCCCAGCGCUCCAAUUUGAAACACACACCGGGGUUGCUGGAGGAAGUUGCGUGGUGGAGGAAACGGAGAGACAGAGCUCCACGCUGCUGUGUGUGCGUGUAUGUAGACUCUCCCAGCCAUCAACACUGUCACACGUCUCAAAAUGCCACAAAAGAGGGUUUUUGCCACAAUUAUUUCUUUGUAUCGUAGAAUUUGAUUUAUCUUUUUUCCCCGUUUGCGGAUCGUGAGAGUCACGAAAUGGUAAGGAGUCACUUGUUGAAGCAUAACGUGGAGUGUGUGUGGGGGCAUAGACGGGAGCAGUGCACACUGAAGUACGUCCGAGUGGGGUCAUUGAUUUUCGUCUUCCUGUCACAGCACACUCGGUACCUUCCUCGCAUACAUGUUCGCUCUGAGCUGCCCCGUCUUUUUUAGCCCCUUAUCAGCAAAUGAGAGGCAUCCCGUCAACACGUGCUGCUGUCCGAUUGCAAUCACAUUGUCUUAAAAUCAUGGAGGGUUUUGUUGAAAUCUUAGUUAGAUGGAUGGCUUGAACCAGUGCUAGACGAUCAGGUGUUCCCGCUAAUGAAUUGUGCCGGAAGAUGUUGUUGUGGUGCUGAAUGUACACUCCCUCUUUACCCCCAAUCAUGGAAUGCGUCUUUGUAAAAUGGAAGAAAGUGUUGGAACGUCUUUGGCAUAUGACCACAUGUGCUAAACAUCUUUAUCUGAAUAGCGAGAAGUGCAGUUGGCAGCCAGUCCGUGCCCUUCCAUUAAGUAUUAAGCUGACGGUGGCAACCAUUUUGCAAAUGUGGUUAUUUUGUCCAUGUCGGUGCCUUUUUUUUCCCCCUAAUGCAUUUUUAUCCCGUCAUCUGCCAUGUGAUGCACAACUGACUUUAAAAAAAAAUUUUUAAUAACAGUGAACACGUACUUGCCUUAUCACUACAGUGGAAACCAUUUGGCUACCAUUUGCGUGUCAUUUGUCUGCAUUUUUUUCCCAUGCAAAAGGUAGAAUCUUUUUUGGGGGGGUGGGGGGUGAUCAUGACCAAAUUGAAAAUAAACGUAACUUUACGAGAAACAGGGCUUGAGUUUAGAAAAGCAAAGUUGUCAUUUUAACAACUGAAUAAUUGUCAUUCAUUUGAAACGGGUCAAUCGCAAUUUUAGCAUAAAAUGCCAAAUUCUCGUGAAAUUCGGGCUUCAAUGUGAAAUGUACUUUGGUCAAUCAUAAAAUUGGAACUUUAUUCCUAAAAUUGCAAGUUUGCUUGUGGAAAUUGAAAAGGUGUUAGCGAAUGAGGGAAAAUUAGGACUUUUGCUAAAUUAUAACCCAAAAAAACUUAAUUCUUGUGAAAUUAUGACUUCAUUACCCAUAAAAUGUGACUUAAUUUUUAAGAGCAUAUCUUUUUUUGGUUCAAAUUAGGAACGUCGCAAUCUCAUGGUGAAUAGCAUUUUUGUAAAAAUGCAACUUUAGCAUAAAAAGAGGCCUCUAUUUUUAUGACCUUUGUAAAAUGUCAUUUUCCCUUCAAUAAAAUGCUUCCUUAUUCUUACGAUUGCAGCUCUGCAUCGUCAAAUUGGAAAAGUUGCAGUUUUAUGAGAAAAAAUAACUUUUUGCAAGGAACUUUUCAUUAAUGGGCUUUAUUAAUGUCUAAAUUGACUUUAAAAAAGUGUAUUGCAAAAAUCUAACUGAAUGCUCCUAAGUCAGACUUUUCCUCUUUUCUCCUAAAAUUGAGUCUUUUAAUAUAACUUCAUUGUCACACUUUCCUUUCCCGAAUCAGGGUGGGCCUCAUACACCUUUGCACCUUUUGGUUAUUUAAGUCUUUUAAAUCCAGGAGCACAUGUUGGCAAAUUGGAUUUGCAUGUGAAAAAUGUCCAAAAGUUUCAUAUACUAACCUUGUCGGGAUCAUUUCCCACGGCUCAGUGGUUGACUUGAAUGCGCCUACAGACAAAUUAUAAAUGAUGACUGUUGUUGAUCAUUACUGCUGGUUACAGAAAUUACAACCUGCCUAAAACCACUCCUGGACCAAAAAUUAACUCUUGUGUUCUGUUGUAUUGUACUGUAUGUAUAAAACAUCAGCUUUUUUUUCUUGUUUGUCUCGGUGCUGUUGAAAACAACACAUUCAUGUUCAGGCAGGGUCACGACCCCUCUUCCGUAAUUACUUUGUACAGCAAUGAGAGUUUUCUCAGGCAGUCACAAUAUAGCAAGCUGACUUGAGCAAAACAUCUCAUCUACUGCAAUCUUAGUCACGUGUGGUCUAUGCAGCAGAAAGGGAGAAGUUGUAAUUAUUAUGGACUGGAAAAAAAAGUGUCAGUGUGUUUUCAAGGCCACUCUGUGCACCAAAGAGAAGAACGGAGCAGAUAGUUUUAGCAAAAGUUCAGAUCCACUUUUGGCAAUGGUGAGAACACUGGUUUGACCUGUUUGAUGAUUUUGAAAAUGUUUUAGUUUAUUUUCCAGAAUAGUUUCAUGUCUGAUAAGCUAAAUCAGAUGUCUAUCCAAUGACAAUUUUUUUCUUUUCAAAUUAAUGUUGAGACUGGGGAUGUUUAGAUCAUCACCACAUUCCUGUGACAUUCUAGUUUAAUUUACUACCUUUGUGGUAGCGUGUAGAUCCGUCUUUUAAGUAACUUUGGCCUAUGCGAGCUAUUUGUGAUAUUAAAGAAGGAAUGGAAAAAUCUCCAUUUUAAGUUUGCGAAGCUCAUAGGUUACAUUUUGUUGCGCUGUAUUUUGACGGGCGGUGUUGCGUAAUGGCUGGAUGCAUUCUCCCACCGCAUGACUCCGCCGCACAAGUGAAAUAUCCUCCUCUGGUGCUUUAAUGUGGCGACACUACAUUUUGUUCGUGGACGCAAGGUGGGCCACAAUCCGCCACUGCUCACGAUACAGAGAAGUGUAUUUAUUUGAAAGACUUGGCUUGAAAUGAAAGAAGUUGUGUGAUUGUACUUUCCUGAAGGAUUUCUCAAUCUCUUUAGCUAUGAAAAAAGGGGAGUAUGUGACUACUUCACUUUUUCUAUUUCCGAUUGUGAUACGAUAAAUAGAAUUGUAUUCUCUCCAUAACAGAUUUGGGUUGUUGAUCUCAGUUGCUUUUUUUUCUCUCUCUCUCUCUCUCUCUUUACAUGAAUGUUUCCACAUGAGCCAAUAAUGCUGGUUGUCCAAUAUGCUUCAAUGACUAUAUUUCUACAAAAUGUGUGUACAAACAAAUGUGUAUAAUGUAAAUAGAAGUCACUCAAAUGCCUUCUCAUGCAAUGUGUGCUGCCUGUUCCUCCUGCCAUGGUUCACUUAUGUGGUGGUGACGUUUUCAUGCUUUCAAGGGAUUAAACUAGAGUUUCUUAAAGAAAAAAAAA